AUGGCCGGCGUACAUGACGAUCCGGACUCAAUGCCCGCGACGCCGGAUGAGAUGAUAGACAAGGAGAUUCUAGGCAGCCCUGGAUCUCCUGGUUCUGUCGACUCUUCAGAAGCUGGCACGCCGCUCGAGACACCCGAGGAGCUCUCAGACGAGCCACCUAAGAGAAUGCCGUCAUUACGAUCCAUAUCCGACCCCCAAAACACAGGUCAUCAAAUGUCCGCGUCGUCGACGCAUGUGGGUGUAUUAUCUAAUGCAAGGCGCCCUCCUGCUGCUGCGCAUAUGUCCAGUGGCCGUCUACCGGAUGACAUUAAUGCAAAGAUGCGAGCUUUUCACCUCUCUCGCCAAGGCGGUCCUCCUAUGAGCUCUCCUCAACCUACCCCGCCUUCGGGGCCUUCUCCGGGUGGCCCGGUCAUUGGUGGUCUACCUAGACAUAUGCCAAUUCCCGGAGCUGUUCGUCCUGGUGCUCCCUCAUUUCCCAAAUCAGCCCCUAACGUACCCUCCAUGCCGCAGGGAGGAGGACUGGCCGGGAAGAGGCGGUUCGGGUUGAAACUUGGGGAUAUGGGGGGAGGGACUUCACCGGCGUCUUCUGCUUCUUCCGGCUCUGGCAUAAAUCCUCAGCAGCAGCUGAACCAAAAUGGAAGAGGUCAUAUGUCACAGAUGAAGCAAUUCGAAGAGUACAUCGAUUCCGAAAAGGGGUACCUCACCUUCAAGGGGAAGGCGAUCAUCACCAACAAAGGAGUUGACUUCUCGGACGGGUCGGUCUUCAGAAUAUCACUCGACGAAAUUGAAAAGUUAGAUGAGCUAGGGAAAGGAAAUUACGGCAUCGUAUAUAAAGUAAAGCAUAUGAAACCAAGAGUCCCACGCUUUGGUCCGGGCCUUUCUGGCCUCAAAUCUACGUCUUUGCAGGGAUUACCAACAGGUGCACAGGAUCAAGAAGACAGUGAUACCAGCACAAAGUCUAGUUCCGGGAUGGUCAUGGCUAUGAAAGAGAUACGUCUUGAGCUAGACGAAGCGAAAUUGACGACGAUAUUGAAAGAAUUGGUCAUCCUACACGAAUGUGCGUCCCCAUACAUCAUCGAAUUCUACGGGGCCUUUUUUCAAGAAAGUGCCGUGUACAUGUGUCUCGAAUAUAUGGACGGCGGUUCCAUUGACAAGCUAUACUCUGGGGGCAUUCCGGAAAAUGUGCUUCGCAAGAUUACAUAUUGCACCGUAAUGGGUCUUAAGGAAUUGAAGGACAAGCACAACAUAAUUCACCGUGACGUCAAACCUACGAAUAUUCUCAUCAAUACGAAAGGACAGGUCAAGAUCUGCGAUUUCGGUGUGAGCGGCAAUCUUGUGGCCAGCAUCGCCAAGACCAACAUUGGAUGCCAAAGUUAUAUGGCACCUGAGCGAAUUUCUGGUGGUUCAUUUAUGCAUGCCGGCGCUGGAGACGGAACUUACAGCGUACAAAGUGAUAUAUGGAGUUUGGGUCUAACGAUCAUCGAGUGCGGCAUGGGGAAAUAUCCAUACCCCCCUGAAGUAUCGUCGACUAUUUUCAGUCAGCUAAGCGCCAUCGUCGAAGGAGACCCGCCGGAUCUACCGGAUCGAUAUUCCGAAGCAGCAUGCGAAUUCGUCCACGGUUGUCUCAACAAAAUCCCCAAACUGAGACCAACGUAUCAGGCACUAUUAUCUUCUGUGUGGCUUGAGGAUCUGGCGAAACCGGAGACGAUUGCCGAAGAAGAGGAAGAAGUAGAGGAGAAUGAUGCGAGCGCCGAAGCAGUGGCCGGUGCAGCUGGGAAGUUUGACUUCAGCCACUCGACCACUGAUGAUUCUGAGGUGGCUACUUGGGUUCGGGAGGUGCUAGAGAAGAAACAGAGUGGGCAGUACGGCGAGAUAGAAGGGCAGCCAGCGCUCCACCACGCCCCAUUUGACGCUGUAAGCCCUUUAGCCAGCCCACGAAUUGGAGUUUAG